AUGGCGACAACACGUUCGAAAUCAAGCUCCGCAAAAAAAUUAAGUUCUCAAGGUCAAGAAGAAGAUCUAAUUUCUCUCAAUAUGGUUAAAGAGCUUCUAAAAGUACAAGAAGACACAACGAUGAGGUUUUUUCAAGCACAUAUUGAAAAUACCACCAAGAGAUUUGAUAAUCUCAUUCGAGAAGUUCAAGACCUGAAGACAAGCUUAGAGUUCUCACAAGCUCAAGUCGAAGUACUUGUUAAGUCAAAUGAUCUAACAUCAAAUCAAUCUAAAGAACAAGCGAAGGAAAUUGGUUCGCAACUUGCUGAUAUCGGUGCAAAUCUUAAUAAUAUUAACAAUGAUUUAAAGCAAUUUGAAACGAAGGUAGAUGACCUGGAGAAUCGUUCACGCCGCAACAACUUAUGUUUUGAUGGUAUACCAGAAGAGCCAAAAGAAUCUUGGUUGGCCACUGAAAAUAAAGUCAAACAAAUCCUUGUAGAAAGAUUGCAAAUCAAAACGGACGAGUUUACUAUUGAAAGAGCUCAUCGGGUUGGCCGAGCUAGACAAUCCACAAACAGACCUCGCACAGCAAUUGUGAAAUUCCAAAGUUUCAAGACACGCGAACUAAUUCUAGGUAAGAAAAGCUUGCUGAAGGGUAGUAACAUAUAUGUCAGAGAAGAUUUUUCCGACAAAAUUCAAGAAAAGCGUCGAGAAUUGAUGCCACAAAUGUAUGAGGCAAGGCGAAAUAACAUGAUUGCGUUUCUUCGCUAUCUAUGA